CUGUGGUUGGUCCUGAUUGAGUGGCCUUGCUUUGCUUCUGCUUUAUUUUUCAUGUUUGGUGUCUGAAAAUACUGGGCAAAUGGGGUUGUGAGGAAGAAAGCAGAAAACUGUGAAGAAAAACGACCUGUUCAUGGAGAUCAAAUAAUACUCAUUCUCUUUAUAUGGCAGUAUUUCUGAGCUGGUGUUCAGUGGGAGAGUGUGAGGCAAUGGCAAUCAGGAGGAAUGCUUUAUGCAGCCACUUGAGAUGCUGCAGGUACAUCCAGGGUGAAUUGCAGCGUGUGAGCGGUGCUCAAAGUCAUCCCUGCCGUGACGUGUGAGCGGCUGAGUGACUUUGAGAGCAGGCAGGGGUGGAUUCCCGACUGUGGGAAGGGGUGGAUCCCAGCUGAGACAUCGUGUUAGAUUUCAGGCUCAGUGUUUUGGUCUUAGAUUUCAUCCCAGCCUUCGCUGCAGUCUCCCGUCACAUGGAGAGCCCGGGAAGCUUUUUUAAGGUCGUGUUGAUCAUGGACAGUGAAGAAAUUCCUACUUUUUCGAGUCCAAAGGAGGAAACUGCAUAUUGGAAAGAGCUUUCCUUGAAGUACAAACAAAGCUUCCAGGAGGCCCGUGAGGAGCUGGCUGAGUUCCAGGAGGGAAGCAGGGAAUUAGAAGCUGAGUUGGAGGCACAGCUAGUGCAAGCUGAGCAGAGGAACAGAGAUUUGCAAGCAGAUAACCAAAGACUGAAAUAUGAAGUGGAAACAUUAAAGGAGAAACUGGAGCACCAGUACGCCCAGAGUUACAAGCAGGUGUCGUUGUUGGAGGAUGACCUGAGCCAGACAAGGGCCAUCAAAGAUCAGCUGCACAAAUAUGUGAGGGAGCUGGAGCAGGCCAACGAUGACCUGGAACGUGCAAAGAGGGCAACAAUAGUUUCAUUGGAAGACUUUGAACAAAGGCUGAACCAAGCUAUUGAGAGAAAUGCAUUUUUAGAAAGUGAAUUGGAUGACAAGGAGUCAUUGCUGGUCUCUGUACAGAGAUUAAAGGAUGAAGCAAGAGACCUACGGCAAGAGCUGGCUGUGAGGGAAAGGCAGCAGGAGGUAACCCGAAAAUCAGCACCCAGCUCGCCCACUCUGGACUGUGAGAAGAUGGAUUCAGCUGUCCAGGCCUCUCUCUCCUUGCCAGCUACACCCGUUGGAAAAGGAUCAGAAAAUAGUUUUCCUUCCCCAAAAGCUAUACCAAAUGGGUUUGGUACCAGCCCACUGACUCCUUCAGCUCGAAUAUCUGCACUCAACAUUGUGGGAGAUCUGCUACGGAAAGUGGGGGCCUUAGAAUCCAAAUUAGCUGCUUGCAGGAAUUUUGCAAAGGACCAGGCGUCACGGAAAUCCUACAUUUCAGGGAAUGUCAACAGCGCCGUGAUGAGCAGCAACGGCACAAAGUACCCACACCCAGGGCACACGUCCUUCUUCGACAAGGGGGCAGUGAACGGCUUUGACCAAGGGCCCCCCGGCCUGGGGGGCUCCCGACCGUCCUCGGCGCCGGGAAUGCUCCCCCUGAGUGUAUGAGCCCACAGGAGUUUGGACUUGGAUGCUUUUCUCAGCCCACCACGAGAAGAACUGCUCCUGAUUCCUCCCCAUUCCCACCCUGCUGGAACAUGGCCCUGAGAGGAGACCCCGAGCCCACGGCCCUCCAUGUCCUGUCAAUACAGUUUGUUUUCUGCUGUUGCUCUAGUGGACGUUCUCUGCCCUGGCCCCACGAGCUGCCACCCUCUGCUGUGCUUGGGGACGCCGAGCCCUGCUCUGUCUGGGGGGCACAGGGGUCCUGCUGUGCUUGGGGACACCGAGCCCUGCUCUGUCUGGGGGGCACAGGGGUCCUGCUGUGCUUGGGGACACCGAGCCCUGCUCUGUCUGGGGGGCACAGGGGUCCUGCUGUGCUUGGGGACACCGAGCCCUGCUCUGUCUGGGGGGCACAGGGGUCCUGCUGUGCUUGGGGACACGCCCGGCCUCGGCCCCUUGGCUUUCCCUCUCCUCUCACUGAGGUCUGACAGAGCUUUGGCCGCUCCUCUCACAGGUUCGUUCUCCUGUCCCUGUCCCCUCCCAGGCCCUGCAGCUGCUGCCCUCAGGCCUCGUGGCAGUGCCCUGGGGGGCUGGCAGCGGCCCUGGCGCUAUUUGCACCUGGAGCUGGCCCCAGGUCCUGUCUCAGUUCCAGCUGUGUCAGUGGCAGUCACAGCAGGGCUGGAUGAGCGGCUCCAGCCCGGCCCAUCCCCACUGGACAGCUGGACACACACAGAGGGCCGGGGCAGGGAGGGAGAGGGGGCGUGGCAGCGCACUGGGGCGACCAUCCCAGCCCCCCCAGAUGCCUUGGCAGGGCCAAGCACGGCUGAGCUGUUCCCCCUGGGGCUCCUGCCCUGGUGCAGGGGUGGCAGUGCUGUGCCCAGGGCCUGUGCCCUCAGGUGCCCCCAGGGCUGCCCCACAGCUCCGUGGCCCUGCUGGACUCGGCCUCCAUCCCUCACCCUCCACACAGCGACCCCGUGGGAGCUUUAGGAAGCUGCUGCUCCACCUGGCCCCAAGGCCCGCCCUGCCCUGCCCAUCACCCCUGUGCUGUAGGACUGGACUGUCCAGCAUCACCUGUGACAGUUUGGGGCGACUGAGCCCUGUGGGUCUUUCAGGCAACACAUUUGUGUGGUUUCUCUGUCCAUGUGCCUCAGAGUCGGUGGAUUUUUAGACAGAACCAGCAAAUGGAGCCAGGGUUGGAGCUGAGGGUUCAGCAAUCGUCGUUCAGGGGCUCUGCAGCUCCCAGGUGGUUGAGUUACAAAUGCUGAGAAAAAAACCCCACUGGCCCAGCAGUGGAGGUGGGAUUGUCCCUUUGCCAUUAGGGUUUGUAUGGUCCUUCCUUCCUGUGCAUCCUCUGCUGCAUUUGACUGUUUACAUUUGUUUUAUUGUACAUAGAUUUGUAAACAUAAUACCUUUGCCUGAGGUCUUUGUACAUAACUUGGGCUUUGUAGCUUUAUUUAUUCAGCCUCUCUCUGGCAUGUUUCCAUAGGAUGUACCGUUCCACCCUGGUGCCACUGACAUGAUGUGGUUUCAAAAGAAUGAAAACAAAUGAGACUAAUCUUCCAAAAAUAAAGUUCUUUUAAUGUGGAAUCAGUGGAUUUUGCAGAA